AUGUCUAAUCAGCCGCGUUACUUUCCUUCAAUCGUGAAACUCGAUGUCGGUGGCCAACACUUUACAACAAGCCUGCAAACGCUAACAAGAGAUCCCAACUCAAUGUUAGCAGCCAUGUUUUCAGGAAGGCAUGAAGUACAGACCACUGAAGACGGUUCCUUCUUUAUCGACCGAGAUGGAACUUACUUCCGCUUUAUACUAAAUUAUCUUCGUAACGGAGAACUUAUCUUGCCAGAUGGUGCUACAUUCCUCAAGGAACUCGAAGCAGAAGCUAAGUUUUAUCAACUGCAAGGGAUAUUGGAUGAACUGCAUCGUACAGCACCGAAAGUGUUUGAGGAGUCGGUGAUACUGACCAACGAAGAGCAUCGAAGAGUCUUGAAAACUUGGUUGCCUAUAAAAAGCGAAUGGCGUUUGUUAUUCCGAGCUUCACGAGAUGGAUUUGCUGCUUUAGCGUUUCAUUUCAAAUGCGACAACAAAGGACCUACAGUCACUGUUGUAAAAAGUGGUGGAAACAUUUUUGGAGGCUUCACUGGGAACGCUUGGAGAAGUAAGAUAAAUUGA